GCACCGUUAGCUUGAUGCAUCGGGUCCAUCAGCGCAGAGCAGAGUCCAGGUGGCUGAGAGGAUGACUUACGUUCACACACUGUUGCGCCUCGCAGGAUUCACGGGAUAAAAAAAAUGGCAACUGCAACUUCAGUGUUUACCCUUGGGUAGAAAAACAAACGCUUUGGGGCAAUUUAUUCCUCCUCACUAAGCAGGCUAAUUGAAGAAAUUACCAACUGACAAGCGAAAAAUAAGUUGGACGUCAUUUUUUUUUGAGGACAUUUAAUUGUGACCUCAGACCAUGGCCUACACCCUGGGCUCGACCACUGAUGGGCCGGAGCGCAGUGUCGGACCUCAGCACUGCGUCACGCGGGUGGAGCUGUCCGUCACCGCGUUGAGCCUGCUGGACCGAGAUGUAGCCUCCAAGUCAGACCCGUUCUGUGUUCUCUUCCAUGAGGUGGAUGGAAACUGGGUGGAGCUCAGUCGCACUGAAACAGCAGUGAACAACUUGAACCCAGUGUUCGGGGUGAAGUUUCACGUGGAUUACCAUUUUGAGCUAAUCCAGAAGCUUCGCUUCGCCAUGUUUGAUGAAGACAAGUGUGCCACUCAGCUCUACGAACAUGACUUCCUGGGAGAGUUUGUUUGCACACUCGGAGUGAUUGUGUCCAAUAAGAAACUUCACAGACCCUUGGUAUUAGCCAAUGGGAAACCAGCUGGGAAAGGAUCCAUAACGAUAACAGCUCAGGAGCUGUCUGACAACAGAAUCAUCACGUUGACCCUGAGUGGGCGUAAACUGGAUAAAAAGGAUUUUUUUGGGAAGUCAGACCCCUACCUGGAGUUUCACAAACAGGGAGAAGACGGCAAAUGGAUGCUGGUGCACCGGACUGAGGUCAUAAAGAACACUUUGGAUCCUGCUUGGAAAUCUUUUACUGUUCCGCUAAUUUCUCUCUGCAAUGGAGAGGUGGACAGAAACAUCAAGGUCCUGUGUUACGACUAUGACAACGAUGGAGGCCAUGACUUCAUAGGAGAGUUUCAAACCACGGUCGCCAAGAUGAGUGAAGCCCAAAACUCCGUGGAGGUAGAGUUUGACUGCAUCAACCCCAAGAAACAGAAAAAGAAGAAGAAUUACAAGAACUCUGGCUUUAUCGUUGUCAAGUUGUGCAAAAUUACAAGGGACUACACUUUUCUGGAUUACAUACUUGGAGGAUGCCAGCUAAUGUUCACAGUCGGUAUAGACUUCACGGCGUCUAAUGGGAACCCUCGAGAGCCGUCCUCCCUCCACUACAUCAACCCACUGGGCAGCAACGAGUAUCUUGCUGCCAUUUUAGCUGUGGGACAAAUUAUACAGGACUAUGAUACCGACAAAAUGUUUCCAGCUCUGGGAUUUGGAGCUCAGCUCCCUCCAGACUGGAAGGUGUCACACGAAUUUGCCAUCAACUUUAACCCCACCAACCCCUUCUGCUCAGGUGUGGAGGGUAUCGCCCAGGCCUACUCCGCCUGCCUUCCUCAUAUUCGUUUCUACGGCCCCACAAACUUUGCGCCGAUCAUCAGCCAUGUAGCACGUUUUGCUGCCCAGGCCCUUCAGCAAGAGAAAGCAGCGCAGUACUUCACUCUCCUCAUUAUAACAGACGGCGUCAUCAGCGAUAUGGACGAGACGCGUCACGCCAUCGUACAGGCGUCUAAGCUGCCCAUGUCCAUCAUCAUCAUCGGUGUGGGCAACGCAGACUUUGCUGCUAUGGAGUUCUUAGAUGGAGAUGCCAGCGUUUUAAAGUCCAACACGGGAGAAGAGGCUGUUCGCGACAUUGUCCAGUUUGUCCCAUUCAGAGAUUUCCGAAAUGCACCCAAGGAGACCCUCGCCAAGUCAGUCCUAGCCGAACUGCCUCAGCAGGUCGUCCAGUACUUUAAACAGCGGAAUCUACCGCCCACCAACACAGCACCAAAGUGAUGCCUCCCCAAUCCAGAGACCACGCUGUACAAUAGCUCAACAAAACAUCUAUCUUCAUUCACCGCAAAUGAUAUUGAAUAAAAGUGUGUAUAUUGGCUGUGGACAAGACUUGUGGACAAAAAAUAAAUAAAAAAUACAACAUUGAAGACAUCCCUGCUAGUAUAUUUUCAAAGUUGUUACAGGAUGUUUGGUCAGUAUACAGUUUGGAUCAACCAGAAUGGAUGUUCUUUGUUUCCUUAAAGCUUUCCAACACACAGAAUCAUGAAAAUAAUAACAGUGAGGGCUAGUGUCUCCAAAUGAUGUGGAAGUUUAUCAACUGGCCUUUUUCUAAGAGAAAUUAAAAAUAUCUUGUUUAAGAGGAUGUCAUUUUUUUAAAUUGCUUUUUGCAUGUGUGUGUUGUGAUAGAUGCCAUGUGAUGCAUACGACUUAUUGGUGUAGAUCCUACUCUCAGCUGGAACAUGUCAGUGGUUGAAUCCCUUCCCUUGGUCUCACAGACCCGUUUCAGGUAGCGGAUCAGACGUAGGCUGUUUGCUAUUGUGUUCACCUGUGGCAGAGUCACAGACUGAGCCUGACCUCAGCACUAUUUCUUCAAGUGUCAAAAAGCCGAUUGUCUGAAGGGCAAGUUUUAACGCUCCACUAUGCUUGUUUGAUUUAAGAGGAGAGAACCAGAGGAACACGAGGCCGUAGUGACGGCUUGUAGCACUAACGCAGGAUACACGUGGGACACUUGUUUAACUCAUCAGCCUCUUAAAUAUGGGAUCAUUUUAUUUCCUUUUAUUUGUCAUGAUCCAGUCUAUCCCGCAUGAUACCAAUAUCUACGCACUGUUUACAAACUGAUAUCGAUGUUCACCGAUGCAUGUUGGUUUUUUGUUUUUUCAAAUGAUGUAUUUAUUAGAUUUUGUAAAUAUUUUAAUGAGAUUGUGUUGAAAGAGAAGGAUGCAUAUCACAGCAAAGGCAGUGUUUUAAUGAUUGCAGGCAAAAGAGGAGUUUCUGAUAUGCAUAUAUAUAUAUACAUGUAA